CUGUGGGCUGUGUCCUCCAGGCGUGGGUGGCUCAGCCUUGGGCACUGUUGCCUCGGAGGUGCAGGUGGAUUUACUGUCACUUCUGCUGGGUCUGCCCAGGCAGGUGGAUGCGGGCAGGGAGGAGAGGAUGUUCACGGCCAGCUGCUAGGCACCCCGUGGGUGAGGGGGAGCAGCUCUUUGUCACCAGCCGUGGGGCCCGGCGGCCGGUUCUUGACUCGACGGUGGAGAGACACGGAUGGAUUGACUGCCCCUCUCCUCCUCACCUCGACAUGGACAAGCGUGGCCAGCGUGGCUGUGGGGUGGCCAGAAGUGGGAUGCCCCAUCCCCGGGUGGUGCUGGUGCCCGGGCGGCCGACCAGCCUCAGCAGUACCAGAAAUUGUUCCUGCAAAAUGACCCAGCUUCCUCCGAAGAGUCCUUUGGCAUCCCCAGUGUCAGAGGGCACAAAUUCCAAGGUAGAGUCUUCGGACAACUUGUCAAUGGACAGUUUUUGGCUGGAAGUAGAGAACAUUAAACAGAGCGCUGAAGCCGAGCAAGAGGAAUGCAGCCUUGCAGAUGUCAAAACACAAGAGGAGGGAGAAGCUGAAGCUGAGUGGCUCCAGGAUGCAGGUCUGUCUGACCUCCUUGGGGACCAUGCCUCGGAGAAUGACAACAUUGUGCUGCUCUCCACCCUGACCAAGACCCAGGCUGCUGCCGUGCAGCGCCGGCUGGACACCUACUCCCGGUCUCGGAGGAGGAGGAACAAACAUCCCGUGCGCGAUGUCCGAGAUAUUUUUGGAGUGGUCAGCUCUGAGGAGACAGCAGCAAAGAAAGAAGAGUCCAGCCCAGAUCAGUUGUGGCACAAUCUACGGACUUCCAGCCUACAGAAAACAGAAAACCAGGACUAUUCUUGCACAGUUCGAAACCCUGGAAAAGAGGAGGUCUUCAACAUGGAUGUUGCCUACUCAGAGCAAGCAGCUGUCCUGCUCAAGGGAUCAUUCCUGUCAGAGUCAAGGAGGUUAAAGGAUGGAAAUACCUUAACUAAAUUUAAGAUCCACAAGGGCAGACUAGGAGUGACCAGGAUUGGAGAUCUGUCUGCUCAGGACAUGAAGAAGAUCCCCACGCUGGCCCUUAUUGAACUGACAGCUCUCUGUGAUGUUCUGGGCUUUGAGCUGAAAAGAAAUAAGGCAGUAAAACUGAAAACAACAGAGAAAAGACUCUUUGGAGUUCCACUCAACACCCUGUUGGAAAACGACCAAAAACUGCUCCCCAACACCAAGGUCCCUCUGUUACUCCAGGCACUGCUGUCCUGCUUGGAGAAGAGAGGACUUGAAACAGAGGGCAUUUUGAGAGUUUCUGGGUCCCAGACCAGAAUCAAGAGCCUGGAACAGAAGCUAGAAAGGGAUUUCUAUACUGGCCUUUUCUGCUGGGAUGAGGUCCACCAGAAUGAUGUAUCUGGGCUGCUGAAGAGAUUCAUAAGAGAGUUGCCAGCCCCACUGCUGACAGCAGAGUACCUCCCUGCUUUUGCUGCUGUGCAAAAUAUUCCAGACCUGAAGCAAAGGUUGCAAGCUCUGAACCUCCUGAUCCUGAUUCUGCCAGAGCCCAACAGAAACACUUUAAAGGCUCUGCUUGAAUUUCUCAGCAAAGUGGUUGCCAAGGAAAACAACAACAAAAUGAACCUCUGGAACGUUUCCACUGUCAUGGCCCCAAACCUCUUCAUGCACAAGGGGCUGCCAAACAAGAUUCCUGAAGGGAAGGAGAAGCAGCUGGCAGAGGGGGCAGCUGAUGUUGUGAGGAUGAUGAUCCAUUACCAGGAUUUGCUCUGGACAGUCUCUUCUUUUCUGGUAGCUCAAGUCAGGAAACUGAAUGAGAGCAACAACAAAAGGUACCAGUUUUGUGACAAGCGAAUUAAAAACUUGUUGCGGAAGAUUCAUGCUGAUAAAGACAAGGUGGAGAAGAACCAGGCAGAGCCUUCCAAGGUGGUGAAAGUCCAUGCUUCACUUCUCCUGAAGGAUUCACUAGAGGUGCAUUUGAACAAUGCAACCCGAGUGGCUGAUGUCUUGAGGCAGUUUCAAAAGAACCUGUGCCAGAAUGGCUGGAAUAUUGUUAAUGCUGUUAACCUCAUCAAGUGUAGCAACUCAGUGGAGUGCACAAACUUGCUCCUGUAUGAAGUAGGGGGCAACAUUGGUGAACGUUGCCUGGACCCAGACACUUACCUCUUAGAUUUGUACCACAUCAAUCCCCAUGCUGAGUGGAUAAUUAAGCAAAACCCCUCUUAUCCUCGGAUGUUCUAAGGAAAGCAGAAGGUGGAAGUUUUUGGAAAGCAUGGAAAAAAUACAGAGAUAUUCCUGGUAUAGUCCUAGACUACACAGUGCUUGUGUCUUUGAAGGACAGAGUUUUAUGUACUACUUCCAUGACAGCUGGCUGUGAGAGUACAGGAGCCUACAUGCCAACAGGGGUGUUGAUAACAAGCAGCAAUUACCAUUCUGUAGCAGAAUUUCCAGGGGGGUGUGAUUCUUCUUGAGUAAAACAUCUCCCCCAGAACAAACCCUGCAAACAAAACUACAGUGAUUGUGCAGCAAUGAUAGAACUUAAGAGGAGAAAUGUCAUCUUGAAGAGUGUAGAAGACAUUUUUCUAUUGGAUUUGUCUUUUGUUUUGAUCACAUCCUCAUUUUGGAGGAGAGACAGUCAAAUACUGCAGUAGUACCAAUGACUUCCCCUUGGUAAGAUCCACUCUUGGCUGUUCCGUGUCAUCAGAAGGUUGUGAUCCUGGGUUUCACUAACAAGAUACUGCUACAUUACUUGAAGAAUGUAAAAGGAUGCUUCCAAAAAGGCCAGAUGGGAAGCCAAUGUCCUGUACUUAAUACAAUUAAAUACUUAUAUACAACACAAGAAAAUUAUUUGCCUUGGAAAAAAAAAAGUAUGGGAUGGACAACAGUCUUUCAGAUGUACAGUGUGAUAGGAAAGAUGCCUGUUCCAUACAGGUCUGCCAGGGAUGCAAAACCACAUGUAUAGGUUGCCAUUGUGAGGGUAAAAUGUGCAUUUAUUUUGCUGGACAGUCUACAUAUCAGUGGAAAACCAAGGAAAUGCUCAGAAGUUAGUUUGACAUUAGUAAUCUGACCUGGCCACCUGAAUGGAACUUGGUUUUGGAAGACUCUGAAUAUGUCAUAAAAAAAAAAAACAAACCCAAGCCAUCAACCCCUAAGAUGUGCAGUGGCUGAAAUAAGAUGUCCAUGCCAGUCUCUGGUGGCACAGUGAGUCCUGAGCUGAGCCUGCACUGCUCUGACUGCAGGUUGUCCCCUGGCACAGCACCGGGUGCUCGCUCUGGGCUGCAGAGAUGAGGGCAGAGCAGAACACUUGCCCUUCACACCUCUGCAUCUCCACCACCCCUCAGCCCAAAGCAGGUGGUGCCUGGGGAGGAGGAGUGCACAAGUCUUGCUUUCCUUUGUGGUGAUGCUGAAAUACCUCAUGUGAGGGAACCUACUAUGCAGUUACAGGGGGGUGGGACAUGCAGUUUCUGAAAAUCCCAAUGUCUUUUUUUUACAUCCUGUUUUUCAACACUGUUGGAUAUUUAUUCACGUGGCAGAAGCAGGGCUGCCCUGCAGGUGCAUACUCAAAGUAUUUCAUUUGCCAUUUCUUACCUGCACUGCAGUAACAUUCUCCAGUAUUAUUUCUUUUGUUUAACUGGAUUUGUUUCCAUUACAGCCUUAACUUUCCUUCCUCUUUAUUUUUUUCCCUCAGGCUGAUGUGUAGCUAUCCCUAUUCAUUAUCCCAGUUUCUGUUGUAAGGACACUUCAGUCUGUGCUUUGUGGUUCAUUGUCUUGGUGAUUUACAAUCCUUGAGGAACAGGCAAGCAACAGUCCAUGUUCUUUCUAACCUGUUGUGAAAUACUGUGUGAGUGGUGCUGAUGCCUUGAAAUGAUGUACACAUUAGAAAGUCUACCUACUUUUUUUGUGGUUGAGAUGAUGUAGAUGCACUGACUGGUGGGAUCAUCUUCAUAAGGACCAUCUUCUUUUUAAGAACCAUAGUAGAACUUUGCAAAAAACCCACCUCCCAGUCCUAACCCUGAACCCCAAUGUCAAAACUUCUUGAGGUGCCUCUGUUUUAUAGGGCUUCAAUAGUGCCUGGAAGGGCCUAAUUCUUGUCCUUGAGGAUGGGUGCUCUGUGUCCUUUGGAAGAUCAAGCUGCUUUAAAUUUGGGCAUUAAAGGUCAAAGGUACCUAUUCACUCAUCACUUCUGGAAAUCUUUGCUGAAGUGAUGGAGUUUAACAAAGACUGUAAGAAAUUCUUAACUCAUGAAGGUAUCUGUGGGAGAGACAAAAGAACUUGUUCCUGCUCAGAGACUAUAAUCUGAAUUGCAUCCCUGCAAAUCACAUAACACUGAAUUUCUCUCCACCCCUCGUAUACUGGAUGUUUGGUUAAACAUACAGGCUUCUAUAGAUGAGGGGCAAUGCUAAAUCACUGCUCCUCUAAACAACAAAUUAGUGGGUUUGUGUCAACACCAACAAAAUGUGAAUCAGUGCUGUGAAAAACAAGGUUGGUGGGAGAUUCUCAUGAGACAAAUAUGGGUUCUCAAAUAUGAAAGGAAAUGUUAAAAAAACCUCACCCAUCUCUUUCCAGAUGAUGGUUAUGCUUUUUUAUUUUUCUAUCUUAUCUUUGUACCAAAAAGUAAGUAUGACUUUUUCCAUCACUGCUGUGCAACCUACUUCUGAAUGCUGGCUUUUAAUACCUUUUUUUUACCAAUUUUUAAUUCUGUAUUUAAAAUUCAUUUAUUCAAUGAAAUAAUAAAAAUACAGUAAAAUCUG